UAUUCCAAACUUUAGCUCUCUUGAUUAAGCCUUUCUGGAAGAAUUUGAGGAAUUUCUGUAUACAUUUUAGAAAUUACAGGCCUUGGCCAAAAUGAGUGAAACGCCUUCCACCGGUUUUUCCAUGAUUCAUCCAACUUCUUCUGAAGGUCAAUUUCCUUCCUCUCGCCAUAUAAGCGUCAUUCAUCCUGUUGUGGCCAAAAGGAUCAGCUUCUACAAGAGCGGAGAUCCGCAAUUUGGAGGGGUGAGGGUUGUGGUCAACCCUCGUUCCUUUAAGACUUUUGAUGCUUUGCUGGAUAGCUUGUCAAGAAAGGUGCCUCUACCUUUUGGGGUGAGGAACAUCAGCACCCCUCGCGGAAGGCACAGCAUCACAUCCCUGGAGCAGCUGGAGGACGGUGAAUCCUACCUGUGCUCCCAUAGCAGGAAGGUGCAGCCGGUGGAUCUGGACAAGGCCCGACAGCGCCCAAGGCCCUGGCAGAGCAGCCGAGCCAUCAGUGCGCAUGCGCAUCACUCCCCUGAGGCUGCCACCUCAGGCCUGCUGCACUCUCCGCGGAAGCUUGUGGUUUUCAGGAAUGGCUGCCCGAAAACCCGGCGCAUAGUUCUUCUGAACAGGAAGGUCACCCAGAGCUUUGAUGCCUUUCUGCAGCACCUAAGGGAGGUCAUGCAGUGCUCUGUGACCAAGCUCUACUCCACGGACGGAAGGAAGGUUCCCAGUCUCCAAGCUGUGAUGCUGAGCCCUGGAGCUGUGGUGGCCGCAGGAAAAGAGCCGUUUAAACCAGGGUAUUAUGACAUCCAGAAGUACUUGCUUCCUGGUAGAUUACCAGGGAUCUCUCGCUGUGUGUACCCCAAAGGAUAUACUAGGUCAGAAAGCAGAAAGGGUGGUAACUGGAAAGUUUCUGUAAUCACCAGUAACUUGCCAAAUGCAGGGACUAGCUCACAGGUUUAUAUGACAUUAUAUGGACAGCAUGGAAAUUCAGCUCCCACAUACCUUUAUGGAACAGAUGGAACUCGAUUUCAGAGUGGCAAUGAAGACAUAUUUACUAUCACACUUGGAGACAUUGGAACACUCUUUAAGAUUCGUAUUGGUCAUACCAACUCUGGAAUCUCCCCUUCCUGGCACUGUAAACAGAUACAAUUGUGGAACAUGAAUUCCGGAAAAACGUUUUAUAUACCUGUGCAACGUUGGUUGGCACGAGAUGAAGAAGAUGGGGAAAUCUGUCGAGAACUUCCUGUGUUAAACAAAGGACAACCCAUUCUUCCUGUGACAGUAUAUGAAGUGAAUGUGGCAACAGGUGAGCUUUGGAAUGCUGGGACAGCCGCAAAUGUCUACAUUUCUGUCUAUGGGGAAAAGGGAGAUACAGGAUCCAGACAACUAUUUCGAUCAAAGAACUCCAUCAAUUUUUUAAGAGGACAAACCGACACCUUCUCCUUAGAAGCUGUGCACCUUGGGGAUUUGUACAAGGUUGUCAUAGGACAUGAUGGGCUGGGCCCAGGAAAAGGCUGGUUUCUUGAAGAUGUUGUAAUCAAGGAUCCCACAGCUGACAAGGAAUACGCCUUCUUCUGUCACAGAUGGCUGGAUCAAGGGGAAGAUGAUGGUAAAAUUGCCAGAGAACUAUAUGCCAGGGAUAACAGUAUUAUCUCUGCAAGGCAGAAGCUAGACUGUAAUAGACAAGAAACAUGGGCUGCAGAGAGCUGGAAGUUCAAGAAGGGAAAUACUCUUCAGUUCUACAACAGGCUUACUGGAGGAUUUGUCCGUCUGCACCCAGAUGGCACAGUUGAUGCAGUUGGAGAGAAAGCAGACAAAUAUGGUCUUUUUGAUGUUAUUUUCAACAAAGGAAAUAUAUGCAUAUUCCAAAGUCAUGAAAUAAGUCAUCUUUCUCUUUCUCUUGACAAUAGCUUUGUCACUGGAAUGGCUGGUGGUGGAGCCUCCACUGAGCUACGGGUGCUUUAUCAGCCCAACCGCUGUGCACUUCUUGAGUCAGCAUUGGCUCCUGGGCACACAGUUAGUUUUGACUGUCAUGGAAAAAUAGCUGAUGGAUCAUCAAAAGGCUACCCAGACCUUUCAAAAGAAUUUGUCAUUUUUGUCAAGGGUGUGUUCCUCAACGGUGCUGUGGUUAUGCUUGCUACGAGCCUUUGCCAGGCCCUGUGUCUCCAGCCCGAUGGGAGCUGCACUGGAGUGGGAAGCCAGUCUGAAAAAUCCUACUGGAAAGUGCAUAAAAUCAGUGCUGGGAUUUGCAUGUUUGAAAGUGUGAAAAAUGCACAGAUGUAUCUGAGGAUUAAGGAUGGCCAGUGUGAUGGAACAGGUACAGGAGAUACUGACUGUCAUUUUAAAAUUAAGAAGAACUUGGAAAAUGCAUCUAUAAGCCUGGAAUCUACAAAGAGCCCAGGGUUGUUUGUUGGACUUCAGUCAGAUGGACAGGCAAAACCAGUUAUUUAUACCAAGAAUGGGAAUGUUUUCUUCUAUCCACAAGUCAUCAAAUUUGGCAGAGAAAACCCAAUGGAUAUGUCUGCAACACCUACCCAAAAGGAGGAAAAGAUCCAGGAGUCAAAAAACCAACAAGAAGUACCACCAGAAUCUGAGGCCAGAGCUUCCUUGCUUUCUUCAACUGCAAAAGAAAUCAGACCUUCCCAGGGCAACGAGACUCUUCUGUCAGAAGAUGAAUGGAAGGUGUUAGUGCUGACGGGAGACACAGGGACUCGAGCCAAUGUUACACUCUGGGUGUAUGGAGAUGAAGGAGUCAUGGGACCAAUAAGUCUUAACAAGAACAGCCCAGAGCAGCUCUUCCUUCCAAGACAGGAGGAUGAGUUUCAGGUUAAAAUAAGAGACAUUGGAGAGAUAUAUAAAAUAAGAAUAGGACAUGAUGGAACCAAAAAACAGCCUGAGUGGAGCUUGCAGAAGGUGACUAUGCAGCAUAUGAAGAGCAAGAAGAUCCUAGAUUUUGCAGCAAAUGCAUGGUUAUCUCGAAUCCAAGCUGAGUGGGACGUUGUUUGUGAGCUUCCAGUCACAAAAGGAGGACAAGCUGUUUUUCCAUUAGUGAGAUACCACAUUGAUGUCCAGACUGGGCAGUUGGAACACGCAGACACGGAGUCUGAAGUUUCCCUGUGUCUCUAUGGGGAAAGGGGCGACUCUGGUCUUAGACUGCUGAACAGAUCCAACAUGCCAGUAAAAUUUCAAAGAGGGCAGACUGAUACAUUUCAAGUAGAAGCAGUGUCACUUGGAAAACUGCAGAAGGUGCUGUUGCGCUGUGAGGCCAGUGACAAGUCACAGUACUGGUAUUGUGAAAAGGUCAUCGUCAGAGAACCUGGCACUACAUCUGAGUCCAUUUUUACCUGUGAAAGAUGGCUUCCCUUUAUGUCUCAGGGCAUAAUACAUUCAGAAAUUGAACUUUAUCUUCAAGAAAUGCAAAUGAAUCAUCAACCUAAAAUACAAGACAAAGCAAAUGAAGGAGAUUGGAAGGUUACUGUUGUCACUGGAGAUCUUGAAAAUGCAGGCACCUCAGCAACAGUAUCCCUUUAUGUCUAUGGAGAAGCAAGAUGUUCAGGUCCAAUUAUUUUAGGUUCUGGGAAACACCAGCUGUUUAACCCCAACAGUGCAGAUAUAUUCAAGAUUAAUCUCAAAGGUAUUGGUGAAAUCUCUAAAAUACAUAUUGGACAUGACAACAGUGGAAAUGACCCUAGGUGGUAUCUUGAAGAAAUUAGACUUGAAAACAUAGACACAUGUGAGCUGUUUUGUCUAACUGUUGAUUCCUGGAUAGCUGAGGAUGAAAACAAUGGUGAUAGAUGGAAAGAAAUACCCAUUCUGAGAACUAAUAAAGCAUCUUUGCCAGUGGUGGUUUAUGAGAUCUACAUAUACACUGGCAGGACACCAGGUGCUGAGACAGAAUCCAAUGUAUUUAUCAUCAUCGGCUCCAGAGGAGAUUCAGGGAAUCGAAGGCUCCAUCAAUCCAAAAAUAACAAAGUUAAGUUUCAGCGUGGACAGGUUGAUAUUUUUUCCAUUGAGGCAGUGUCUCUUGGAAAAUUAAAGAAAAUUCUGAUUAGUCAUGAUGGCACAGGUCCGGGUAAUGGGUGGUUCCUUGAGAGUAUUGUUGUUAAAUCUGAAGAGGAAGAUCGUGAUCAAAAGGUGCUGUUUCCAUGCAACAGAUGGCUAGAUGAGUACCAAGACGACGGCAAGACCGAACGGGAACUGCUUGCAGAAAGUAGCCAUAGUUCAUUAGAAGAGACUAGAUCUAUGGCCUUGUGA